AUGAAUCCAAAGAUUCUAAAAAUAUCUCUCUGUCCAGGAAGUUCAUAAAAUAUCUCUGUCCAGGAAGUUGGUAUAAAAGAACAGAAAAUGUUUCUCACAAAGUCCAAGUUUGGUUUCAUUUCUUCCAAAGUUUUACACUCUGUCCUAUCAUAAUAUUCUGGAAUCUUCUCUGACCUGAGUUAAUAUCGUAUUCGCCGUCGUUACGUGCCGGGAAUAUUUACCGGCUACCUCUGUGUCGACCUUUCUAAUUAUCUUCUUCCCAUCACUCGCCGGAAAAUUUUGCCGGCUAUGUCUGUCUCGACAUUUACGCUCCAAUUUCUCAGAUCUCGGGCAAAAACCAGUAUUUUUCAGGCUUCUAUUGUAACAAAUUUCGGCGUAGGGUGUCUCUCUGUAACCAAAUUCUGGUGUUCUAGGGUUUAGCCCAAUAUGCUCAAGCUCUUUCCAUGAAAACUCCCAAUUUCACAGAUUAAUUACUGGACAAUGCCAGAAAACUCGCCAGAAAACUUUCCCGAAAGAUUUUCCAUCACCCCGACAAGUUCAAGGUCAAUUACAGAGACAGUGAAAGGUUCACAUCGAUUCGUGAUCCAGGGUUACUCUCUCGCAAAGGGCAUGGGGGUUGGUAGACAUAUAGCCAGUGAUAAUUUUACUGUGGCUGGUUAUCAAUGGGCUAUAUAUUUUUACCCUGAUGGUAAAAAUGCAGAGGAUAACUCUCUAUACGUCUCUGUGUUCAUUGCUUUGGCAAGUGAAGGGACAGAUAUUAGAGCCCUUUUCGAGCUCACAUUAGUGGACCAGAGUGGGAAAGGGAAGGACAAGGUGCAUAGCCAUUUUGAUCGGUCACUUGAGAGUGGGCCUUAUACAUUGAAAUAUCGAGGCAGUAUGUGGGGGUAUAAACGUUUUUUCAGACGGGCUGCGCUUGAAACAUCAGAUUACCUCAAGGAUGAUUGCCUGAAAAUAAAUUGCACAGUUGGGGUUGUCGUUUCUGCAAUGGACUGCUUCCGACUACAUAGAAUACAGGUCCCCGAAUCAGAUAUAGGUAUUCAUUUUGGCGCAUUGCUGGAGAACCGGGAAGGUUCAGACAUUGUCUUUGAUGUUUCUGGAGAAAAAUUCCAUGCUCAUAAGUUGGUGUUGGUUGCCCGUUCUGCUGUGUUCCGAGAUAGAUUUCUUGGUAGUUCAGAUAUGAACCAAUAUGAAAUUAAAAUCACAGAUUUAGAUCCUAAGGUCUUUAAGGCUUUGCUGCAUUUCAUAUACAGGGAUUGUCUUAUAGAAGACGAGGAAUUGAAAACAUCGGGCAUGACUUGUUCAUCUAUUUUGGAUGAAACACUGCUUACAAAGCUAUUAGCUGCAGCAGACAAGUAUGAUUUGGGAAGACUAAGAUUGAUGUGUGAGGCAAACCUUUGCAAGGACAUAUCUGUUGACAACGUUGCCGAUAUCCUUGCCUUGGCUGACCGUUACCAUGCCAUGGAACUGAAAACUGUUUGCUUAAAAUAUGCAGCAGAAAACCUAGCAGCUGUAAUGCGAACGGAAGGGUUUGGACAUUUGAGAGAGAAAUGCCCAUCUCUUCAGUCUGAGCUUUUAAAGACAGUUGCGGGAUGCGAGGAAGAUUGCAGCAGUGCAGGCAGAAGUCGAAGUGUUUGGGCGCAACUAUCAGAUGGAACGGAUGAUAAUGGCCGAAGGGUUAGGCAAAGGACUUGACCUCUCAAUCUCUUACUGCACCUUUUUUUUUUGUGGAGAGAGAGAGAUGAUUGUGGUGCGGUGAUGAUGAUUGAGAACAAUGUGAGAGAGAGAGAUGGUUGAGGUGUGGUGAUGAUGAUUGAGGAACAAUGUGAGAGAGAGAGAGAGAGAGAGAUGGUUGAGGUGUGGUGAUGAUGAUUGAGGAACAAUGUGAGUGAGAGAGAGAGAGAGAGAUGGUUGAGGUGUGGUGAUGAUGAUGAUCGAGAAACAAUGCUUUGAAGUAGUUUGUUCCUGAUGUGUGUUGUUUGAGAGAGAUCGUUGUGGUGUGACGAUGAUAAUUGAGGAACAAUGCUUGUGUAUUGUUUGAGAGAGAGAGAGAGAGAGAGAGAGUUGUAGUGCUGCUAAUGAUUGGGAAACUGCGUGUUGAUGUAGUUUGUUCCUGUGGUGUAUUGUUUUGUGUUGUAACUUGUGCUCUCAACUGUAGUUGUCACUUGCAUGUGUAUGGGCAUACGAACAAUUGAAAAGGGGCUUGAGACUUGGCCUGCUGGUUUUAAUGGUUAAGGGUCUGUUUGGAUUUA